AAUGAAAAAUAUUCAGCACCAAACGAACAUUACCACCUGGAGAGCUCAGGAAAUCAGGUUUUGAAGGAUUUUGAAGUUCUGCAUAAGCUUUGGAAGAGUUUUUAUCCGUGAGAUCAGGGAUGACCAAGUUGGCUGCGUUGUGUUUCCUGCUUCUGCAGACUGGAGUCGAAGGAUUUAAAAUAUCAAAUACUGUUUUUAAUUUUUUUAACAGAAGCUCAUUUACUCAUGAAGUGAUCACAGAGAGAGCAAUCCUAAAUGUCACUCUACAGGUGUGCCGUGCACUGGCUUUGUCUCAGGGAAAGACCUUCUCUUUUCCUCCACAACCUUUCUCUGCUGGGGCUGUAGCAGCUGCAUGUGGCGCAUCAAAAUCAACCAAAAGUUUCAUCGACACCAUUGUGAGGAUCCAGAAAAGCAACCACCAAGUAGACAAGGAUUAUGUGCUGAGUCCAAGUCAUCACUGCGAUGAUGAAAACAUAACAGAAGGACAGUUUCUCAUUACACUUGGUUUAACCGCUGUGAAGGCUUCCAAUAAGCAACAAAACUCUGUUUUAGCGACAUCAAUUCUGGGAGAGAUACUCCAUACCUUACAGGAUUUCUACAGUCACACUAACUGGGUGGAAAUAGGCAACACAUUCCCAAACGCCAAUCUGAUCAAAGGAAAUGCCGAUGUUGGAAAAAUAGCAGCCAAAACAAGAGCAACUUGCCGCAACUGUGCUGGAGAGGACUGCAGAAACAAUAUUUUGGAGGACAUCUUAAAGGAACAGAUCCUUACUUCGGGAUAUUUUUCACUUAAUCCAUUCUCUACAAAACCAAAAGGAAAAUGCAGCCAUGGAGGGUCAUUUGAUCGAACAAAAGGAAUUGAACCUACAGGUGGAAUCAACAAAAAUUCAAUUGACUCUGAACACGGACAUCUUCACAGCAACGCAGCAAGUAUGGCGAUAGCAGCAACCAGUGAGCUGCUGGAGGACGUUCGCAGUGCUGCUGGAGACAAAGGAUUCUUACAGAUGAUGGGACUGUUCAAAGGGAGAGCCCUUUGUUUUUGCGUGGACACGACAGGAAGCAUGGGGGAUGACAUUGAAGCAGUGAGGACUGUAACAUCAUCGAUUAUUGACAGUAAAGUGGGAACAGAAGACGAACCCUCAAUUUACAUUCUCGUUCCCUUCAAUGAUCCAGAAUUUGGGCCUCUGCUUCAGACAACAGACCCAGAUGUUUUCAAGAGUUACAUCAACUCACUAACACCAAAUGGAGGUGGAGAUGCUCCAGUAAUGAGUCUUUCUGGACUUCAGCUGGUUUUAACUGGUGCGCCUCCCAAUUCGGAGAUCUUCGUUUUCACGGAUGCAGCAGCUAAAGAUGACUACCUGAAAAACACAGUGCUAGCACUCAUAGAGCAGACCAAGUCUAGGGUGAACUUCAUGAUAACUGAUGUACCUGGCCUUCGCCGUCGAAGACAAGCAGACAACAACCAACAACAACAAGGUGUUCGGAUGUCGAGAGCAGGUAGUCAGCUGUACAGAGACCUGGCUCAGGCUUCAGGAGGUCAGGCUGUUGAAGUCACAAAAGGUCAGCUGCUGGAGGCCAUCAACAUCCUAACUGAAUCCACCAGCUCCUCUCUGGUGAGCCUUCUGCAAGCAUCCAGGAAUCUUGGAAAUUCAGAAAAUUUCACUUUUGUAGUUGAUGACACAGUAAAAAACUUGACCAUUUACAUCACACGAACUUCUGUAGAUUUUAGUCUCAUUAGUCCUUCAGGGGUGAUUCAAAAUAUUGCCAACACAACUGGACCUUCAAUAAUUUCAUCCCAGUCAGUCGGAAACCUUCAGACUGUGCAGCUGCAAACAGAAGGAGGAUUGUGGGAACUACACAUUUUGUCAACCAAUCCCUACAGUGUGAAAGUUGUAGGUGAGAGUCCCAUUGACUUUCUUUUCAAAUUUAUUAAGGAGUCAGACAGCCCAUUUGGAGGGUUUGAUGUGAUUGACAAUCGCCCCACAGCUGGAGGAAAUGCCAGUCUGCUGGUGACACUGAUUGGAAGCGAUGUCGCCACAGUGUCAGAGGUCGCACUGGUUGAAUCGUCGGGUUCAGGUCAGGUUAACGGCACCGUAGAGGCCCAGGGUGGAGGAGAAUAUAUCGUCCACUUCGACAGGAUCCCAUCGGUUGAGUUUGUUGUGCUUGUGAAGGGCCAAAUCAACGACAGCGUUUCCAGAGCUUCUUCAAGGAUCUUCCAAAGACAGUCGGCCACCAGCAUAAAAGCCUCUGUUCUCACUGUCACUAUUAAUGACUUGGACACGGUGUUGGAGCCAGGAACACCUCGAUCUGUUUCUUUCUCUGUGAUGACAACCGGUGAAGGAGGAAGCUUCACCAUUCAAGCCACCAAUGACCAACGCUUUGCUGCAUCUUUUCCAUCCAGUUUACUGCUGGAUCCUGGAGUUAGUGCUAAUGGCACAGUAAACAUCACAGCUCCUGCCGGCACUCCAUCUGGUACUGGUGUCACCUUGACCAUUGAGGCUGUGGCUCCUGGAGGUGCAGACACCAACUAUGAUGUCCUGCGUCUAACCGUCCUUUCAAAAGUGACUGAUUUCACUCCACCAGUGUGCCAGCUGCUCAGCCUGCAGUCCAACUGCUCUGACAACUGCAGCCAGUCAACAUGGGAGGUCUCUGUCCAGGUCACUGACGCAGCGAAUGGGACGGGUGUGGACAGCGUCAGUUUCAGAGAAGGCAGCGGUACGAUGAACACCAGCACAGCAGCUGAUAAUACAACUCUAGUGUCUUAUGUGGCUUCCUGCUGCUCACCUGAUGUGCAGCUGGUGGCUGUGGAUAAAGUAGGCAAUGUGAAAAUCUGUAGUUACUCUGUUCGCGCAAAUGUCACUGAAGCUGUAACAACCAGCCCUGUAACAACGAGCAACGCAACAACGAGCAACGUAACAACCAGCCCUGUAACAACGAGCAACGUAAAAAUGAGCAACGUAACAACCAGCCCUGUAACAACGAGCAACGUAACAACCAGCCCUGUAACAACGAGCAACAUAACAACCAGCCCUGUAACAACGAGCAACGUAACAACGAGCAACGUAACAACCAGCCCUGUAACAACGAGCAACGUAACAACGAGCAACGUAACAACCAGCCCUGUAACGACGAGCAACGUAACAACGAGCAACGUAACAACGAGCAACGUAACAACGAGCAACGUAACAAUGAGCAACGUAACAACCAGCCCUGUAACAACGAGCAACGUAACAACGAGCAACGUAACAACCAGCCCUGUAACAACGAGCAAAGUAACAACGAGCAAAGUAACAACGAGCAACGUAACAACAGCUGUCACAGCUUCCUCUACAAGAGCUGAUUUCUCCGUGUCUCUUUGCUUUGGUUUCUCAGUCCUGAGCUUCUUGCUACAGUCUCUGAAACUGUGAUCCCAAAUUUUACACAACAGAUUACUGGUGAUGGAAAUCCGGUAAAUAUUAUGUUCAUCCCGGUGGUAGGUUUCAUAUCUAAUCCUAAUCCAUACAUAAUCAAAUAUUUAGACACUUUUUGAAGCUAAAUUCAACUUAAGCGCCGUAGUUGCACUAUAGAGUUUUAAGAGGAGUUUGCUAUUUUCUUUUGUUGAAGGUUUAGCUCUGUAAGCAAAGUUUGGUGACAAAUGAAUAUCUUUGAAAUCAAUUGUUCUAAUCUUUAUGUAUUCUUCAUUGAUUAUCCUAUAAAAUCAAGUUUUAAGAAAGCAUGUAAUCCCUGACAAUAAUUAAAAUAUGAAAACCAA